AUGACUCAGGAGACGACCAUCGGACUGUUCCGGCUACCGAAGGAGCUUCGCAACCGCAUCUACGAGGAGGUGCUGAGUGGUGUGGUAGUCUGCUACCCGUCAAGAAGCCGCCAGCGGAAGAAACUCGUAUUCGACGAGGAACCAGGAGCAGGUCUUCUGCUUGCCAGCAAACAGAUCUUUGAAGAGACACUGCCCAUCUACAACGCCACAUCAACUUUCAGAUUCGACGACAUUUGCCGUUUGCUUGAUUGGGCACUCAACGUCAAUGCCAAUGGUACCAACAAACCGUCUUCCGUCUGCCUAGUGAUGGAAGUUGACAUCACGGAAGAGUCCGUCCGCACGUAUGUCAGAAAGAAGCGUCAAGAAGACAAAGAGCAGGAGGCCAGUGAGAGUACUGCACACGAGACCAGUGAGGGUGCCGACGACGAUACCAACAAACGCAUCAGCGAAGAGGACAUGAAGAAGGCUCGCGAGUCCAUCAACAAAACAGCCACGAAGUACCUGCAAGACGACAUCAACCUCGCUGCAGAGAAAGUCCUGCGCUUUAAGAAUGCCCUGACCGGCAAGCUUUACACUCUCAAACAAAAAAACGAAGCACCUCAACUGCACGCUGAAGUCAUUGCUCAGUCAAUCACCACCAAGAACUGGGCACGCACAGACAAAGGCGAUGCUCGACAAGAGCCAGUGCUCGUGCGCUGGGGUCCGUUCGACGAUCCUUUCCUCGAAACUACUCCAAUUCCCGAAGGGCUCUCUGAACGGACCAAGGCGCUCGCGAAGCAGUGCGGCUUUGUGUACCACAGGACAGCGAGUGAUGGCGAGCGUCAAAAAGCAGGCCAGUGCUCGGAGGAGCUCGAAUCGAGUCCGCACUGCGACUCCUCUGCUGACGACCCCUUCGUCGACACGCCGCCGAGCAAGAACGUGCUGGGCCGCCUCGGGGCUGACUCGGCAAUUGAGAUUUGCGAACCCAAAGAUAAAGACAGGAAAACAGAGAGGGCCAAGAUCACAUGCGAUCCAUCGAACCCCGCGGAACUCUCACCCAUCCAGAAGAUAGCUUCGAAGUGGAAGAAUGCAGUUGUGCCGAAGUUACAGGAACCUCCUAUCGGACGUACUUGGGUUUGA